GUCGCUCACUGCAAUAUUCCGGCUCCUCCCCCUCGGUGACCGUCCCCCUUACGCACACGCUGGUCUGUGGUCCCGCCCAUUGCCCCCAUAUGGCUGCGCGCACCGUCUGAACGCGGUCUCCAUUCACCGUCUCCUCCAGUAGCAGCGGAGAAUGAUGGAGGAGGAGGCUGAGCCCAGUGCACACAUGGAGCAGGACGGCGUGCAUGUCACUGCUGCUGCAGAACCUGCUAGGAUCCGAAUUCAUCUCCAGCAAGGAAAGGCCUUCAUAUGGAGAGCAGAAGAUGCCUGCAAGAUCCGGGAGGAGCACGGGGUAUUGGGCAACCUGGUGGGGGCACUGGUGAGAAAGCCCCGACAGAACAUGCGGCUCGGCCUGCCUGUACAACUAAUGCCUGAAGAAGCCCGCCUGCUGGUUGAGAUAGGGGCAGCACGACUGGUACAUCAUCGCCUAGACCAGGAACCCUCACCGCAUGCUGGAGUGUCACUGUAUGGAACAGAUAUUUCCACGUCUGUAGAUGAGAAGGAUUCCUAUGAACGCUUUCUGCAUUAUAGCUAUGAAGAACAGGGGAAGCUGGCCUUGCAAGAAAAGAGGCGCACAUUGGAAGGCUUGUCGGAGCGGAUUGCAGAAGGUAGAAGGAAGAGGAAAAGAAAGAAUGUUGAUCAAGAAGAAGAACCAAUGGAGUCAUCUUCUCAAGGUCCUAUUAAAGAGCUGCUUAACCUAGAAAAGACAUUUCACUUCCCAAAGAAUGCAACGAUGGUGCAGAUUCCUACUGCUCAGCUACAUACUGAUAAUGAAGAAAUGGUGGAUAUACAAGAAGCAUCAUCAGAAUGGCCAUACACUGGGCAGAAGAAGCAUGAAGACCGCUAUAAGGUUUUCAGGGAUCUGUGGCAGAAAGGCUACUACCUCACGAGUGGUGGCAAAUUUGGUGGAGAUUUUCUUGCUUAUCCAGGAGAUCCAAUGCGCUUCCAUUCACACUACAUUGCUAUCUGCCUCUCGCCCGAUGAGGACAUUGCACUAAGUGACAUCAUCACAGCAGGACGCUUGGGCACAAAUGUGAAAAAAACUGUGCUGCUGUGCUCCUCUAACCAAGAGGGACAAGUGACCUACACAUCUCUACAGUGGUCGGGGCUGCAGUGAGGUUUUUGCGCUCUACAGUUUUAAAGUAAUUACUUGGACUUUUUAUCAACUCAAGUUGUCCUAAAGUGAAGGCUUUAAAACAGUGUUUCCCAACCAGGGUGCCUCCAGCUGUUGCAAAACUACAGCCUUUGGCUGUCUGGGCAUUCUGGAAGUUGAAGUUUUGCAACAGCUGGAGGCACCCUGGGAAGCACUGCUUUUGAAAUAGACCAGUUACAUGGAUGCUGUUUAUGGACAGAAGCCAUCAUGUGAGGAGCUAGGACAAGAACACCCAUGUGUAUCAAGGAACUUUUUAUAUUUCAGCUGAAAAGAAAAAGUGCAAUUGUCUGAACAGCGGCAUCUCCAACCAACAUGUGCUUUCUCACACACAAAUUUCUACAUAAAUGGCCAUUAUACGCAAUUUUAAUUUUAUAAUACAAAUUAAAACCUAUAUAGGACCUGACAUUUUAAGAUGGCAAAUCCUGUAAUCUUGACUACUUUUUCAAUGCUGCAGUGUUUACAUGUAUUAAAAUAUGGCUCCAACUACCAUCAAAAUCCGACAUUUUACCUGCUGUUAAAGUGAACCUGUGACAGUGAGCACUCUGUGGACAUUCUAUUAGGGCGCAUUCAUAAUAUGUAUUUUCCGAGUGGAAUUCACACAGAAUAUACCGCGCAGCAGCCUCACACUGAUGUUAAUGGAAUUCUGCUGCACCAUUCACACUAGGAAUUUCUGCAGUGGGAAUUCCAGACAAUAGAUUCCACCCAAAAAAUAAACCUGUUUGUUUCUGCUGAAUUUGCAUUGUCAUCUAGUGACAUGGUGCACAUCUGAACGGUCCUAGUGCUGGUUUGUUUUGCAGUACCCGCUUCAGAUGAAAUCUCUGCCUGGAAUUUCUCAGGGUUGAAGUUUCGUAGUGUGAAUAAGCCCUUAUAGAUUAUGAGCUGAGCCAAUUGGUAACAUACAGGAUGAUUGAUGAAGCCCGUAGGCCUGAUUUUUAGGCAUAGAGGAGCCUCCCUGUGUAAUUUAUUCCAAUAGAUUCCUGUGAGCUGGCAUAUAGUAUGAAAAUGUACUCCAGCUCUGAACUGGUGUAGAUUUCAGUGUCCACCCUGCAGGACAGGCACAAUGAUGUCUGAUUCAGCCUCUUGCUAAAUCGGCUGAAUGUUACUUGGACUUUUACAAAGACUUUCAUGUAAAACACCAGACUUAGUAAGUCACCCCCAUAGUUUUUUGGGAUAACGUUCCAAUGAGCUGUUCUGCUUGCAGACUGACAUCUCUGUAUGCACACACUUAAUAAUCUACAUCCAUGUGUUAUACAAAAGACGCACUUUGAUGAUACUUCUAAGAAAAGAAACUUAUGCCACAAGCUUUCCAACCUUAGGGUGCAUUCACACCACGUUUUGUACAUACGGGUGCCGGAUCCAGCAGGGGGAGGGGCAAACCAGGCGCUCCCGUAUCCCGGCCGGAUCAGCCCGUGACUCCAUUUACUUUAACCCCUUAAUGGAGGAGCCCAUUUUCACCUCUAGGACGAAGGCCUUUUUUGCAAAUCUGACCAUUGUCACUUUAAACAUUAAUAACUCUGGAAUGCUUUUACUUAUCAUUCUGAUUCUGAGAUAUUUUCGUGACAAUCUACUUUAACAUAGUGGUAACAUUUUCUUGGUGAAAAUCACCCAUUUUUCUAACUUUGAAGCUCUCUGCUUGUAAGGAAAAUGGAUAUUCAAAAUAUAUUUUUUUUGGAUUAACAUAUACAAUAUGUCUACUUUAUGUUUGCAUCAUCAAAUUGAGUUUUUACUUUUGGAAGACACCAGAGGGCUUCAAAGUUCAGCAGCAAUUUUCCACAAAAUUUUCAAACUCACUUUUUCAGGGACCAGGUCACGUUUGAAGUGGAUUUGAAGGGUCUUCAUUAGAGAGGAGCGAACUUACAGUAAAUUCGAUUCGUCACGAACUUGAUGACUUCGA